AACCCAUAUUAACACUUCAAAACCACCACCAUUCAAAUUCUCCCGUCUUUCUCUCUCUCUCUUCAAAUUCUAAACUUCAAAUUCUUAAUUUCAAAAAGAUUUGUAAAAGCGCAAAACCCCCUCAGUGGAACAAGAAACAAACUACCUGCAAAUAUGAUGCAAAGACUCUUCCGAGGGGGGAGCACUACCAAAAACAACGGCGAUUCUUCUGAUUCCUCGCCGGAAACUCCUUCACCACCGCCUAGGUCACCGGCAGGAAGCUUCCAGACGCCGCCUUCGUCGUCUUCUCCGGUGGUUACAGGGCCAGCUCGGCCAAUUAGAUUCGUGUACUGCGACGAAAAAGGGAAGUUCAGAUUAGAUCCAGAAGCCCUAGCGGUGCUUCAGCUUGUUAAAGAACCAAUUGGUGUUGUCUCUGUUUGCGGCCGCGCUCGCCAGGGCAAGAGCUUCAUCCUCAAUCAGCUUCUAGGCAGGAGCAGUGGAUUUCAAGUUGCAUCUACCCAUAAGCCGUGCACUAAAGGGCUUUGGCUAUGGAGCGUUCCGCUAAAGAGGACUGCUUUAGAUGGAACUGAAUAUAACCUUAUUCUUUUGGACAGUGAGGGAAUUGAUGCCUAUGAUCAGACGGGUACAUACAGCACCCAGAUAUUUUCCUUGGCUGUCCUAUUGUCCAGCAUGUUCAUCUAUAACCAGAUGGGUGGAAUCGAUGAGGCUGCACUUGAUCGUCUUUCUCUUGUAACCGAAAUGACAAAACAUAUUCGAGUGAGAGCUUCUGGGGGAAAUACAUCAGCUUCUGAGCUAGGACAGUUCUCUCCAAUCUUUAUUUGGCUUUUAAGGGAUUUCUAUUUGGAUUUGACCGAAGACAACAGGAAAAUAACCCCCAGAGAUUAUCUGGAGCUUGCUUUGAGACCCCAAGGAGGUGCGAAAGAUGUUUCUGCCAAGAAUGAGAUUCGGGAGUCAAUUCGAGCUCUAUUUCCUGAUAGAGAAUGCUUCACUCUUGUGCGGCCGCUAAAUAAUGAAAGUCAACUCCAGCGCAUGGACCAAAUCUCAAUGGACAGAUUGAGGCCAGAAUUUCGAUCUGGUUUGGAUGCAUUGACGAGGUAUGUAUUUGAGAGAACUAGGCCAAAACAAAUGGGAGCAACCACAAUGAAUGGACCUUUGCUCGCUGGUAUUACUCAAUCAUUUUUGGAUGCACUAAAUCAUGGGGCAGUCCCCACCAUCACGUCUUCUUGGCAGAGUGUUGAAGAAUCAGAGUGCAGAAGGGCAUAUGAUUCAGCUACUGAAGAAUAUAUGUCCUCUUUUGACCGUUCUAAGCCAGCCGAGGAAGGAGCAUUAAGAGAAGCACAUGAAGUGGCUGUGCAAAAGGCCUUGGGUGUCUUUAAUGCUUGUGCUGUGGGGGCUGGUCCAGUUAGGCAGAAAUAUGAGAAGCUACUCCAGACGUUUUUUAGGAAGGCUUUUGAGGAUUACAAAAGGAAUGCUUUUAUGGAGGCAGAUAUGCAAUGCUCGAAUGCUAUUCAGAACAUGGAGAAGAGAUUGCGAGCGGCUUGUCAUUCUGCUGAUGCAAAAUUGGAGCAAGUUCUCAAGAUCCUUGAUGACCUUUGUUCAGAUUUUGAAAAGUCAACUUCUGGUCCUGGAAAAUGGCAUAAACUGGCAAGUUUUCUUCAGCAAAGUUUGGAAGGUCCAAUUGCUGACCUCGUCAGGAAGCGAAUAGAUCAGGUCACAUCCGAGAAAAGUUCAUUGGGUUUAAAGUGCCGUUCAAUCGAAGAUAAGAUGAAUAUGCUCAACAAACAGUUAGAAGCAAACGAGAAAUCAAAAUCUGAUUAUUUGAAGCGUUAUGAGGGUGCUAUAAAUGAAAAGAAGAAGGUUGCUGAUGAGUAUAUGAGCCAUAUAUCUUCUUUGCAGAGCAAAUGCAGCUCCUUGGAGGAAAGAUCCUCCAGCCUGUUGAAAUCUCUGGAGUCUGUCAGGCAGGAAUCCUCUGAAUGGAAAAGGAAAUAUGAGCAUGUCUUAUCAAAGAAGAAAGAUGAAGAAGAACAAGCAAGUGCUGAUAGAGAUGCUCUCAAGUCCAGAACUAGUGCUGCAGAAGCAAGACUAGCCGCUGCUCGUGAACAAGUUCAAUCUGCUCAAGAGGAAGCUGAUGAGUGGAAACGGAAAUAUGAUAUUGCUGUUCGAGAAGCCAAAGCAGCCCUUGAAAAGGCAGCUGUUGUGCAGGAGCGUGCGGAUAAGACUAGGCAAUCCCGGGAAGAUACUCUUAGAAGUGAAUUUGCUAUUAGUCUGGCAAAGAAGGAGAAGGAAAUCAAGGAGCAUGCAAUAAAAAAUGAGCAUGCAGAGCAGCGAUUGGCAACUUUGAGUUUUGAGUUGAAGGCUGCUGAUUCCAAGAUAGCUAGGUAUGAGUUGCAAAUAGCAGGCAUGAACAGUGACAUAAAAGAGUUAAAUGAGAAGCUGGAUGCUGCAAAUGCUACUGCACAAUCAUAUGAGAGAGAAGCUAACACACUUGAACAGGAAAAGAUACAUCUGGAGCAGAAAUAUCGAUCUGAGUUCAAGAGGUUUGAUGAGGUGCAAGAUAGAUGUAGAGUUGCUGAAAAAGAAGCGAAAAGAGCCAUUGAGGUGGCUGAUAAAGCGCGGUCAGAAGCAGUUGCUGCUCAGAAGGAAAAAAGUGAAAUCCAGCGGACAGCAAUGGAAAGAUUGGCCCAAAUUGAGCGUGCUGAGAGGCAGGUUGACCACUUGGGGAGAGAGAAAAAUGAUCUGGCCAAUGAACUAGAAACCCUCCGUGCAUCCGAAUUGGAUGCCAGUGCUAAAGUAAGACUGCUGGAGUCUCAGGUUGAAGAAAGGCAGAAGGAAAUUGAAACACUGAUGAAAUCUAACAAUGAGCAAAGAGCUAGCACUGUUCAAGUACUUGAAGGUCUCCUUGAGACCGAACGUGUUGCAAGGGGUGAAGCAAAUCGCCGGGCGGAGGCCCUUUCUCAUCAGCUGCAGGCUACUCAAGCAAAACUUGAUAUGAUUCAGCAAGAGUUGACAUCAGUUCGUUUGAACGAGUCUGCCCUUGAUGCCAAGCUGAAGUCUGCUUCACAUGGGAAGCGUUCCAGGGUGGAUGAGCAUGAUGUGGGUGUGGAUUCUGAGGGUAUGGAUGUUGAUAAAGCAAGAAUGAACAAAAGAAGAAAAAGUACAACCAGCCCACUACAGCAAGCAGCCUCAGCAGCUGAUUGUGAUUCUGUUUUUACGGGAGAUGAUGAUGAAAGUAGUCAGCAAACUGACACACAGGACUAUAGAAAGUUCACCAUACAGAGGCUCAAGCAAGAGCUGACAGAAAACAAUUUUGGGGAUGAGGUUUUCAAGCUCAGGGCUCCGGCCAAGAAGAAAGAUUUUAUUGCUUUGUAUGAAAAAUUCAUCCUGAACAAGUACUGAUGAACCGAUUAAUACAUGCUAGAUUUGGACGGGAGAUUCGGCUGUAGUUAAAGUUCCAAAUUUUUUUGGCUUAUCUGAGUCUGGGAGGCUUAAUUUAUUUUCUGACUUACGAUGGUUGUGUGCCCUCUAACGUGGAAUCAUAUAUGCAGUUUCAUUUUGACUCUCUGGAGUGAGACAAGAACAUGAUUGGUGAAGUUACAUUGUUUCAUGGUUUUGCUGUAACUAUUGUAGGUCUAACAUUAAGGAACAUGAUAUUGUAUAGCUUUCUUAGGGACAGUUGGUUUCUGCAAGGACAAGCAUUGACAAGUUAUUAUUAUGGCUUUUCAAUGAACUGUAGGGGUAGUCCGGUAGUUUUGGUCAAAAACGUGUAUGACCAAGACCUUCCGUAGUACACUUUUUGUGUGUUUUAGUUUAAUUUAGAGUUCACUGCUGUAGUACCUCGAUGAUGAUUUAUUUUAGAGUAGAUUGAUGCCCAGUUAAA